CCUCCACCACCUUCCACCAUCACCACUUACUAACGUCUAUCCAAGUACUAUUUUAUUCUUAUUUUCCAAUUUCUAACAAAAACACCCAAAAGGCCAAAACCCAUUUCUUCUCUUUCUUUCUUUCUUAAUUUCUUAUUUAUUAUUAUUCAAAGCUCCACACACACUUUCUCUCUCUCUCUCUAAAACAUAAUAACAUGGAGGAACGACAGCCCGAACUAGAACAACAGCGCCAGGUCAGCACUAUCGGAACUAAUAAUCGUCUUCUCUGUGCCUCCCGAUCGGAGGAUGACGACGAUGACGGCGGAUGCGCCUAUUCAAGGGCGGUGUUGGUGGUCGACAUGGUCUGGAACAUGUCGUUCGUGGUGGUUGCCGCCGCCGUCAUCCUUUCCACUUUCGGCGAGCGUCCCUCCACUCCUCUGAGGUUUUGGUUAUGUGGUUAUGCGUUGGAGUGCAUUCUCCACGUGGUUUUUGUUUACUCUGAAUAUCGCUCCAUUUAUCGUAAUUCAUUCUCUCACACUCCUUACAGCACUGCGAAGAAAUUAGAGCCUAUGAACACUCUGGCAUCCUCUGUUUGGUGGGUGUUUGGAUUUUAUUGGAUUGUUGUUGGAGGCCAAGCGCUUCUGGAAGAUUCUCCUCGUCUAUACUGGUUAACAGUGGUCUUUCUAGCCUUUGACGUAUUUUUUAUUAUCUUUUGCAUUGGGAUGGCAUGUAUAGUUUUCUUUGCUCUCUUCUGCAUCAUUCCGAUAAUAGCGCUAGCUUAUGCUUUUAGAAUCAGAGAAGGUGCUUCAGAAGAUGAUAUCAGGUCACUUCCUAUGUAUAGAUUUAGUCAUUCAAAUGUAAUGGUUAUGGUUGAUGACAACAAGAAGAAACUUGUCAAAACAAGAACCGAUUCGUACAAUCAAAGCCAUUUUAGUGAAGUAUCUCUUCAUCCAGAUGAUUCUGAAUGCUGUAUCUGCCUAUGCACAUAUGUUGAUGGAACAGAACUGUAUCGCCUUCCCUGUACCCACCAUUUUCAUUGUGGAUGCAUCAGUCGCUGGCUUCGGACAAAAGCAACUUGCCCACUCUGCAAAUUUAAUAUCCGAAGAGGAGGCGAUACAUUGGUCUGAGAUUUCGUUGAGAUAGAAACUAGACGGCGCCAAGGUGCUGUAUCGCUUGAAAGGGCCAUGACAUUGAAGAACAAAAACAUUAAUCUGCUGACUAGUGUUGGUAAAGAAGUAUAAAAGAAAAAGGAAAUGCCCCACCCUUUCAUCUUUUUCUCUUUCUGGGUUUUAGGAUUUUAGUUUCCAGAAAGGUAUUUUAUCUUCUAAACAUUCUUAAGUUAGUUUAUGAUGGGGUAUAUGUAUAUAUUGUAGGCCAGUCGUGAGGAUCUCCCCAUAAUUUGUACUUAUAAGGCAAUUACAAAAACAAUUUUCUGUAAAGUAAUGUUUUUUUUUUUGUUGUUGAGCACUUUAUC